GGAGGGGCGGGGCAGGCGAGUGGCCGUUAGCGCGCGGCCGUUAGCGGUCGCGCUCUGGCAACGGUCGGCGUCACGGCCUUCUUGGUGGGCUACAGUCCGCGUGACCCAACCCCUGUUUGCACGUUCGCCUCCUUCGCGGGGUGCAGUCACCGCGCGGGGCGGCCGCCCGUGAGGUAGCUAUCACGGCUUGUGACAACGAAUAAAGCUCCCGGACAGCGGCGCCCUCAGCGAUAGCUGGGUGGGCAGCCCCGGCCGGGAGCAGCGGCCCGUGAGUUAUCGUGAGGAGCGAGCAGCGGAGCCCACCUCCGGCCCGACCCCGCAUCAGCCGCCCGGCAGGCGCGACAUGAGCCUGGUCUGGCACCCGCGGGAUGGUCCUUGAGCCUCUUCUCCGGCAGUUACCUCCGGGGACGGUUGUGGCCACACCGACACGUAUUUUCCAAAUAAAUCAGUGCUUAUCUUGCGACGGCGGCGGGGCCGAACACGUUCAUUUAUUUUUUCAUUUUCUCAGCAAGCAUUUGCCCAGCAUUUUUACAGUGAAACAACUUGGUAAGCGUUUGGAGGGAGCAACCGCCGGGUUAGGAAAUCACGGACUGAGCAGCUUGUGGAAGCCCGCAUUGGCCACGCCCCUCCUCUAAUAUUUUGAAGAUUGUUGCGUCUUGUAACUACCGGUGUGCACAGAAUCCUACCCAAGGAACGUCGUGGUCCAGCGAUGCAAACAACUGAAGUUUCAAGCUGGAAGAGCCUGUAUUGUCUUCAUAAUACUAUAGAAGAAUUCAAGAUAGGAGAGAGAGGCAGCAGCGAAUGAAGACUAUAAAAGAAAAGAAGAAGGAACGCCUAAGAUUGAGGAAAUCUGCCAGGACUAGGAAGGUAACCCAGAGGAAACCAUCUUCAGGGCCUGUUUGCCGGCUAUGCUUUCAAGAACCUGGGGAUCCCGAAAAGUUAGGAGAAUUCCUUCAGAAAGACAAUCUCAGCGUGCAUUAUUUCUGUCUUAUUCUAUCUAGCAAGCUGCCUCAGAGGGGCCAAUCCAACAGAGGUUUCCAUGGAUUCCUGCCUGAAGACAUCAAAAAGGAGGCAGCCCGGGCUUCUAGGAAGAUCUGCUUUGUGUGCAAGAAAAAGGGAGCCGCUAUCAACUGCCAGAAGGAUCACUGCAUCCGAAACUUCCAUCUGCCUUGUGGCCAAGAAAGGGGUUGCCUUUCACAAUUUUUUGGAGAGUACAAAUCAUUUUGUGGAAAACAUCGGCCAACACAGAACAUCCAACAGGUGAAUGUGGAAGAGGAAAGCUGUGUCUUGUGUUGUGAAAACUUAUCCCAAGCCAUUGCUGAGAACAUCCAGAGCCCGUGUUGUAGUCAAGCUAUCUACCACCGCAAGUGCAUCCAGAAAUAUGCUCACACAUCAGCAAAACAUUUCUUCAAAUGUCCUCAGUGUAACAAUCGAGAAGAGUUUCCUCAAGAAAUGCUAAGAAUGGGAAUUCAUAUACCAGACAGAGAUGCUGCCUGGGAACUCGAGCCAGGGGCUUUCUCAGAACUGUAUCAGCGCUAUCAGCAUUGUGAUGCCCCCAUCUGUCUGUACGAACAAGGCAGAGACAGCUUUCAGGACGAAGGGAAGUGGCGCCUCAUUCUGUGUGCUACGUGUGGAUCCCACGGAACCCAUAGGGACUGCUCCUCUCUUAGAUCCAACAGCAAGAAAUGGGAGUGUGAUGAGUGUUCACCUUCUGCUUCAGCCAUAGACUACAGACCUGAAAACUCAAAUGAUAUUCCCUGCUGCAGCAGCACCUUCCACCCUCAGGAGCAUUUCUGCAGAGACACCAGCCUGGAAGAGAAUCCAGGCCCUUCUUGGACUGAUUGGCCAGGACCUUCCUUAGUAGAAAUUCCAGAGUCCUCUGGUGGCAGGAAGAACCACUCCUGGCAGUCCAAGGGUGUCAGAAUCACUAAGAGGUGCAAAAAGUCCAAGUAAAAACUUCUGAGUAGUUGCUGCCAAGCACAAUUGGGUACGAAGAAGCACUCCUCCAUUGGAUUUGGGGGAGGGAGCACUUUGGGACUGUGAGCCAAGGAAAGGAGGCCAGCAGUGAGACUAGAGCCAAGGAAAGAAGUCCCAAAGGAGCAUAAGGAGCGCUCGGAGUCCAGAUGCCAACAGUCAAGCGUAUUUGUGGCUAUGAGAAUGCCUCUGCUCUUUUUUCCCCAAUUCUCUUUCUUCUCUUCUUCCACCAAGAUUCUUCCACCUUUAUAUGGUUUUCGUAUGCCUCUUCUUACUUCACUCAAGUUUGUUAUUAUGCAAAUAAACGUUUUUCUCUCCA